AUGAUAUUCCUCGAGCUGUUGGAUAGCUCAAGUUAUGCCGAACACAUCGGUUUCAGCUAUCAUUUAAAAACUUCAAGCAUUGAGCCCACAUGGAGAGACUACUAUCCUUAUUCGCAACAUUCUUUGCGCCGAAUAUGCGAUAUCCGGCAAAAGUUAACCUCAAGAAGGCCCGCUUCUAGCGAUAUAUUCACUCCUACCAUAUCCAUCUACACUUUCCCCGGACUUUCAGAAACGACAGGUUUGGCUCCUGGGACAUUGGAUAAUGUUUACUUUCGUGGAGAUGCCAGCGAAGUAGUUUCGCUCCAAGAUGAGAGGAUGGAUGUUGAGGUCGCCACGCAUCAUCGUGUCUCCAUCUUGCGCAUGGCAAAUACUCAAUCGAGAUGGGAUCAGUCGUUCGUUUCAAGUCAGUGUCGAAGCGAGGUUUUGAGGCAGAAUAAGGAGAGUGUUAUACUGGUUCGAGGCAACAUUGCGAAGUUAUGGGCCUCGAAAGAUGCCGCGUUUCUCAGCAUGGAGCUUGCCAAUUCCUAUGCACGGACCCAUUUUACUUGGGUGCAACCCCUGUCAGUCUGCCGUCCUGGGUCAAUGUCCCUCAAAGCCAUUCAUCUAAUCACGCCUCUACUGCCCUGCUGUUUCCGUUUUGCCCAACUCCAGCUAGAGCCGCAGCUACUGCUGCAGUUGUUUCUGAAACACUUCAUCUUUGAACAGACGAGCGAAUGA